AUGGCCGAGUCUGUGCAUACAGUCAGCAAUUAUUCGACCCUUGCUGCCCUCACCUACCCAUUGUUCCCUAAACCAAUCCUCAUGGACGCAAGGAACGCGCGCGGCAUGACGGUCGACGUGUAUGCCGCUCCCCUCGAUAUCAUCUACCGCUCUCGCUCUGCUAUCCUCGUCUCCGUCGAUGAUGCCGCCGCCCUCACCAUCGACACCCUCCUCCCCCGAUACUGGAAGUCCACCAUCAUACCCAAGGACCCCGUCCCCUUCAUCCCCGUCCCCUCAGAGGCCCUCGAGCACGUCAAGGAGGUCCUCGCCAACCUCAAGUUUGACCCCGUCAUCGCGUCGACGGUGAACAGCAUGUCCCUCCCCCAGAUGAUAAACGACAUCCGGUUCCUGACGGGCGAGGACGGCAAGUCCGGUAUUGUAUCGCGUCAUUCGUUCUCAGAGGGCUCGCGCACGGCUGCCGAGUGGCUCAAGGAGCGCGUCGAGGCGACCGGCGCAACUUGCGAGUUCAAGCAGUUCCUCCUAGGAUUCGCGGAUAACGUCGUUUGUCGCUACACAUCCAUUGUCCCCUCGAACAACACCGUUCUCAUCAGCGCGCACUACGACUCCAGAGGUUCCUUCGGCUCUUUACGCGCCCCCGGUGCCGACGACGAUGGCUCUGGGACCACCGGCCUCCUCGCCAUCGCACGCGCUAUAAACCGCAAGAACAUCCGCUUCCUCACCAACGUCGAGCUCGUCUUCUUCGCUGGCGAGGAGCAGGGACUCCUGGGCUCGCGCGCCUACGCGAAGGAGCUGCGCGAUCUGGACGCGAACCUCACGAUGGUGAUCCAAGCGGAUAUGAUUGCGUAUCAUGAACCAGGGGAGCCGCUGCAGUUGGGGUUGCCAGAGACCAUCGGCAGCCCCGAGGUCGCGGGCCUUGUAGCUGAGGUUGCGUCGCUCUACGUCCCCGAGCUAACCGUUGGCACGACGCGUGCAUGCUGCUCCGACCACCAGUCCUUCCAUCAAUUGGGCUUCCCUGCGACGCAGGUGUUCGAGCGUGCUGGACCAAUCAUCGACCCCAUGUACCACAACAGUGGAGAUCUGAGCGACCGCGAGGGCUAUGACUUCGACCAGCUGAAGGCUAUCGCUAUGGUUGAGUUCGCUACGCUCUUGCACGUUGCGGGAUACGAGGUUUGAGAUGCCAGGGACGACGCGUGCGGGAAAUAAUCUGUGACGAAUGUUCUUGGAUGACCGGCAAUCGUUGUACGCGCUGCAUACAUAGACCCACCGGAAUACAGCCAACUUGUGAUAGUGUUACAAUGCAAAUACAUACAAGGGAGCAUUUGCGUGGGACAACGGUACCACCCAGCAACGGAAUGUAGUCCGUGCAGUCUCAUGCGGUCAGGUACAACAACGACCGACAGCAGUUCGCUGCUGAGAGCGUUACCGCCCGCCUUCCAGCUUCGACAAGCUAUCCUCAAGCUGCCGGGCGCGCUGGGCGUCCUGAGUGAUAGACUCGAAGCUGAAGAAGCUGCUGCGCGAAUCCGGCCGUUCGGUCAUUUGCGGCUGGCUCGUUCGGGAGCGCGGACUCUC